AGAAGAAGAAGAAGAAGAAGAGGCACCAGCAUCACAGUGUUCAGUCGCAGUGGUGAGUUUUCGAUUUUGCUAGCGCAAAUAAAGCAGAUUUACCGCAUUUUAGCUGUGCAGCUGAGUUUGGGGUUGGUGAAGAUAUGGGAGACCCUUCCCUAAGCCGGGACUGCCCACUGGAUUGUAAGGUAUAUGUUGGCAAUUUGGGCAACAGUGGUAACAAAACUGAGUUGGAGAGAGCAUUUGGCUAUUAUGGUCCCCUGAGGAGCGUGUGGGUGGCAAGAAAUCCUCCCGGCUUUGCUUUUGUGGAGUUUGAGGACCCCAGAGAUGCAACCGAUGCUGUGAGGGAGCUUGACGGAAGGUCUCCUAGGAGGCGGAGCUUUAGUCGUAGUCGGAGCAGGUCUCUUUCCAGAGAGAGGAGAAGAGAGAGGUCUUUGUCCCGCGAUAGAAACUAUAAACCUUCAAAGUCUUUCUCAAGAUCACGCAGUCAUUCACGUUCCAAUGGUCGGAAGUGAGAAAUGUUCAAGGCCAGCCUCAUCAGAGAAAGCAUGUCUGUGCGCUUCUCCUCAACAGACCAGGAUGAUUGGAAACAGUGAUGGAUUUUUUUUUUUUGCCCCCAGUGUUUUUAAAAUAUAUCUUCCCCAUAGUGUUCUGACUAUCCUUUUUUACUUAAGAUAUCUGUGCUUAAUGGGUAGCAAUGGUUUCAUCCUGCCUAAAUGCCUGAAUGUAAUUUUAUGCUCUUUGGGCAGUGAAAAGUUCUGAAUGGAAUGUCUGGUCAUUUGUGACCAGUUUUGUAUGCUUUUUUUUUGUUUG